CGGGGUUUUGCGCCGGGGAGGGUGACGGGAAACGAGGCCGCCUCCCAUUGAGUAUAAAACCUCCCAGUCCGGCCCCAGUCUUCCUCUUUCUGUUACCUGGCUUAGGGGCAGCAGCUUUGGCCGUGAAAACCCAGAAACACCGAAACUAAAACAAUGGCAAAGGAAAAGACCCACAUUAACAUCGUGGUCAUUGGCCAUGUCGACUCCGGCAAGUCCACCUCCACCGGUCACUUGAUCUACAAGUGCGGAGGAAUUGACAAGAGAACCAUCGAGAAGUUUGAGAAGGAAGCCGCUGAGGUAAGAGCUUAUGUAUUUACAUCUUCGCCUUGCAGCGGACUUGGAUCUAAUUUGCAUCCUGGUGUUGAUUUUCAGGCUGACUGCGCUGUGCUGAUCGUUGCUGCUGGUGUUGGUGAGUUCGAGGCUGGUAUCUCCAAGAACGGCCAGACCCGUGAGCACGCCCUGCUGGCCUUCACCCUGGGUGUAAAGCAGCUUAUCGUUGGAGUCAACAAGAUGGACUCCACCGAGCCCCCCUACAGCCAGGCUCGUUUCGAGGAAAUCACCAAGGAAGUGAGCGCCUACAUCAAGAAGAUCGGCUACAACCCCGCCGCCGUUGCCUUCGUCCCCAUCUCUGGGUGGCACGGAGACAACAUGCUGGAGACCAGUGACAAGAUGGGCUGGUUCAAGGGAUGGAAGAUCGAGCGCAAGGACGGCAAUGCCUCUGGAACCACCCUGCUGGAGGCUCUGGAUGCCAUCCUGCCACCUUCCCGCCCCACUGACAAGCCCCUCCGUCUGCCCCUGCAGGACGUCUACAAGAUUGGCGGUAUCGGAACCGUUCCCGUCGGCCGUGUUGAGACCGGUAUCCUGAAGCCCGGCAUGGUCGUCACUUUCGCUCCCCCCAACCUGACCACAGAGGUGAAGUCCGUGGAGAUGCACCACGAGUCUCUGACUGAAGCUCUGCCCGGUGACAACGUCGGCUUCAACGUCAAGAACGUCUCCGUCAAGGAAAUCCGCCGUGGAAACGUGGCCGGUGACAGCAAGAACGACCCACCCCAGGCUGCUGACAACUUCACCGCCCAGGUCAUCAUCCUGAACCACCCCGGCCAGAUCGCCCAGGGUUACGCCCCCGUGCUGGACUGCCACACCGCUCACAUCGCCUGCAAAUUCAGUGAGCUCAAAGAGAAAAUUGACCGUCGUUCUGGCAAGAAGCUUGAGGACAACCCCAAGGCUCUGAAGUCAGGAGAUGCCGCCAUCAUCACCAUGGUGCCUGGAAAACCCAUGUGUGUCGAGAGCUUCUCCCAGUACCCUCCCCUUGGCCGCUUUGCCGUGCGUGACAUGAGGCAGACCGUUGCCGUUGGCGUCAUCAAGUCCGUCGAGAAGAAGGUUGCCAGCGGUGGAAAGGUCACCAAGUCCGCACAGAAAGCCGACAAAAAGAAAUGAAUCCUCGUGCAGGAGGUCCACCAACAAGUCGCGUCUCAGCAGCAGCGGGCCGCCCCAUCCUCCCUUCCCCCCUUCCAUCCAGCGCCGUCUUCUCUGAGGCAGAGCUCUCUACUCAAGGACUGGCUUAUGCUGAUUAAAACCCAUCGGAAGAGUUUCCGUAGGAAAGGAAGGUUCGUGCCUUCAAGGGAAAACUACCAUCAUGAUUACAUUUAAACCAAAACAAUAAAAAUCUCAAACAUUGCCAAAUGAAAA